AUGACUGAGAGGGGCUGGAAGGAACUCUACGAGUCUGUGGACGUAGAUGGUAACGAGGUGAUCAUUCUCAACUCCAUCGGUGGUCAGAACCAGACUUACUACAGUUACGAGUGUAUCUCCCCCUGCACUGCGUGCAAAGGUGUGAUGGGCUUCUCCAUGUGUAAGAUGCGUUAUACCUACGUUAAGAUGUACUACCAGCUCAAGUACGGCCGGAGGAGCAGUGAACCCAAGUGGGACUUUGUGGAGGUCCCGUCACACUGUGCUUGUGAACUCUUGCCUGAGGAUGCAAUUGAUGCGGAGUGUCCGCAGAGCAGACAGUGAGUUACUUGGUCAAGAACGACAAUAACACAGCAUCAGCAAGACUUCUAAAUAAUCCCUCCCUUUCCCCCCUUCCCCCUCCUUCCCCUCACCCUCCCCACCUCCUCCCUACCUCCUCCUCCUCCUCCUCUUCCUCCUCCUCCUCCUCCCUCUUCCUCUUCCUCCCCUUCUUCCUCCUCUACCUGCCCUUCCCUGCCUUGCAUGCCAAUCCUCCACCAUUCCUUGCCUCGUUAUCUUAUCAUCCUUCCCUGCAGGCUGUCACCCCGUCAAGGAUAGUCAACCAGGCUGUCACCACGUCAAGGAUAGUCAACCAUGCUGUCACCACGUCAAGGAUAGUCAACCAGGCUGUCAUCACGUCAAGGAUAGUCAAACAGGCUGUCACCCCGUCAAGGAUAGUCAAACAGGUUGUCACCCCGUCAAGGAUAGUCAACCAGGCUGUCACCCCGUCAAGGAUAGUCAACCAGGCUGUCACCCCGUCAAGGAUAGUCAACCAGGCUGUCACCACGUCAAGGAUAGUCAACCAGGCUGUCACCCCGUCAAGGAUAGUCAAGCAGGCUGUCACCACGUCAAGGAUAGUCAAGCAGGCUGUCACCACGUCAAGGAUAGUCAAGCAGGCUGUUAUCCCAUCAAGGAUAGUCAAACAAGCUGUCAUCCCGUCAAGGACAGUCAAGCAGGCUGUUAUCCCGAGGUGGUAAUGCUAUGACCAAGCUACAGUGGGUAGUGAAGAUGAUCAUGGUGGGUAGUGAAGAUGAUCAAGCUUCAGUAUGUAGUGAAAAUGAUCAUGGUGGGUAGUGAAGAUGACCAAGCUUCGGUAUUAGUGAAAAUGAUCAUGGUGGGUAGUGAAGAUGACCAAGCUUUGGUAGGUAGUGAAAAUGAUCAUGGUGGGUAGUGAAGAUGACCAAGCUUUGGUAGGUAGUGAAAAUGAUCAUGGCGGAUAGUGAAGACGACCAAGCUUUGGUUGGCAGUGAAGAUGACCAAGCUAUGGUGAGUAGUGAAUAUGAUCAUGGUGGAUAGUGAAUAUGAUCAUGGUAGGUAGUGAACAUGACCCAGCUAUGGUGCGUAGUAAAGGUGAUCAUGGUGAGGUAGUGAAGAUGAUCAUGGUGGGUAGUGAAGGUGAUCAUGGUGGGUAGUGAAGGUGAUCAUGGUGGGUAGUGAAGAUGAUCAUUGUGGGCAGUGAAGGUGAUCAUGGUGGGUAGUGAAGGUGAUCAUGGUGGGUAGUGAAGAUGAUCAUUGGGGGUAGUGAAGGUGAUCAUGGUGGGUAGUGAAGGUGAUCAUGGUGGGUAGUGAAGAUAAUCAAGGUGGGGAGUGAAGAUGAUCAUCGUGGGUAGUGAAGGUGGUCAUGGUAGGUAGUGAAGGUGAUCAUGGUGCGUAAUGAAGGUGAUCAUGGUGGGUAGUGAAGAUGAUCAUGGUGGGUAGUGAACAUGACCCAGCUAUGGUGGGUAGUAAAGGUGAUCAUGGUGAAGUAGUGAAGAUGAUCAUGGUGGGUAGUGAAUGUGAUCAUGGUGGGUAGUGAAGAUGAUCAUGGUGGGUAGUGAACAUGACCAAACUAUGGUGGGUAGUGAAGGUGAUCAUGGUGGGUAGUGAAGGUGAUCAUGGUGGGUAGUGAAGGUGAUCAUGGUGGGUAGUGAAGGUGAUCAUGGUAAGUAGUG